GUCAGUGUUUGGGCGGGACCUGUCCCGGAAGUAGGUGCUGAGGACCGGGGAGCUGGGACAUGGAGACACCCGGGGUGCUGCUGGUGAUGGGAGUGAGCGGCUCUGGGAAAUCCACUGUGGGUGCGCUGCUGGCCAACAAGCUGGGAUGGAAAUUCUAUGAUGCCGAUGAUUACCACUCUGAGGAGAAUCGGAUAAAGAUGGGGAAAGGGGUACCACUGAAUGACCAGGACAGGAUUCCAUGGCUUUGCAGCUUGCACGACAUUUUACUAAGAGAUGUGGCUUCGGGACAGUCUGUCGUUCUAGCCUGUUCAGCUCUGAAGAAAAUGUACAGGGACAUCUUGAUCCGAGGCGGAAGUGACGUGCCUCCGAGAAGUGAUGAGUCAGCAAAGGAGGAGCCGCUGGCUGGCGGGAAGUUCCUGGUGGUCCACCUCUCCGGGUCGUUUGAGCUCAUUUAUGGACGCUUGCUCCAAAGGAAAGGACAUUUCAUGCCACCCGAGUUACUGCAGUCCCAGUUCAGUAUUCUGGAGCCCCCAUCAGCUCCCGAAAACUUCAUCCAUAUCAGUGUGGACAAAGGUCUCCCAGAGAUCGCGGCUGCGGUUCUGGAAGCCCUCAAAUGAAGUAUUCGCUUCACGCCUGUGGGGUCCAGCGCGCUCUGCCUCCAAGCUCCUCACCCACUGUAUAUUCUGAAUUCAUUGUUUUAGAGACAGGGUUUCUCUGUGUAGACCAGGCUGGUCUGGAGCUCAGAGAUCUGCCUGCCUCUGCCACCCCGGAGGGCUGGAAUUAAAGGCGAGGACCACCAUGGUCAGGCUGUAUUCUGAAUUCUUAAUUGGGAACAAACCGCAGCUCGUGGAGGUGUGGCGGUGGAGACGGUUGUUUGACUGUAUUAGGAGUCCGCGGUGUGCUUGGAAGGACAAGGGGGAGGAUGUUAAAUGUUAAAAACUGGGGCUGGAGAGAUGGCUCGGCAGUUAUGAGCACUGACUGCUCUUCUAGAGGUCCCGAGUUCAAUUCCCAGCAACCACAUGGUGGCUCACAACCAUCUGUAAUGGGAUCCAAUGUCCUCUUCUGGUGUGUCUGAAGACAGCUGCGGUGUACUAUCAUAAAUAAAUGAGUAAAAAUAAAUAAAUCUUUUUUAAAAAGUUAAAAACUGACGUUUAAAUUCACGUACCAUGCAACCAGAUGGCCAGAGAAAAUCCGGUAAUCAAUGCUAGAAAUUACUACCUUUCAAAAGAACAAUGGCUCGUGCUUGUAUCUGUAAUAAUGAGUGAAAUUUGCGAUCCUGGAAACUGGUUUCAGUAACAGAAACUCCGGCAGAACAGAGCCGCCCACUGCAUGCCACACUGCCGACUGCAGCGUCAACCGCUUUUUAAAUAUUUUAGGUUAGCAUACUAAAUCAUAGGCUUUGUCUUCUGUCACUUACUAUCUAUAAUGUCAUUUAUUCAUUGUCACUAUUAUUAGUGGGUUAUUAUUAGACGGGUUGGCCUCAAACUCAGACAUUUGCCUCCUUCUGCCUCUCCAGUGCUGGAUGAAAGGCUCGCCCCACCAUAAACGGCUUUGUUUUCA